AUGGGACGGCCGGCAGGUGCGGGUCAGGAGCAGAGCUUGACGGUCGUCGACAACCGGACAGGCAAGAAGUAUGAAGUCCCGAUCAAGAACAAUGCGAUUCAGGCGACCGCUUUCAAACAGAUGAAGGCUCCCUUUCUGACCGGCGAGCGCAAGGAGAACGAGACCGACACUGCCGGUCUCCGAGUCUUCGAUCCCGGCUUCAUGAACACGGCCGUCCUGGAAAGCAAGAUCACGUUUAUCGACGGAGGCAAGGGCAUCCUGCGCUAUCGAGGCUAUCCCAUAGAGGAACUCGUCGUCAAGUCAUCUGGCUUCCUUGAGACGAGCUAUCUGCUCAUCUGGGGCGAGCUGCCGACCAAGCAACAGCUGAACAACUUUGAGCGCGAGGUCUUGCACCACACUUUCGUCCAUCAGGAUCUGGAGCGACUCUUUGCUGCCUUUAGGUACGACUCUCAUCCGAUGUCCAUCAUGGUCUCUGCCUUUUCCUCGCUCGGCGCCUUCUCGCCCGAAGCCAAUCCCGCCCUGGCCGGUCAGAGGGUCUACACGGAUGCAGCAAAGGGCAACCUCAAAGCUUUGGCAGUCAUGGACAAGCAGAUUUUCAGAUUGCUCGGCAAGAGCAUCACAAUCGCUGCCAUGGCCUAUCGCAUCCGUCAAGGUCGACCUUUCAAUAGACCCCCAGCGGGUCUGAGCUUCGUCGGCUCUUUCCUCUGGAUGCUGGACUACCUCAACGGCGACCAGAAGGAUUACACGCCUCAUCCGGUUCUGGAGAAAGCCCUCGAUGUCCUGUUCCAGCUGCACGCAGAUCACGAGCUCAAUGCCAGCACGGCGACCAUGCUGCAAGUCGGUUCGACGCUCGCCGAUCCCUAUUCCGCUGUCGCAGCAGCGACAGCCGCACUCUACGGGCCGUCUCACGGCGGUGCGAACCAGGCAGUCAUCGAGAUGCUCAUCAAGAUUGGCUCUGUCGACAAGGUGCCCGAAUUCCUCGAGCGCGUCAAGCGCAAGGACGCAAUCCUGUCCGGCUUUGGUCAUCGAGUCUACAAGACGAGCGAUCCUCGGUCUCACAUUGUACGCAAGAUUGCGGAAGAAGUCUUUGAGGUCACUGGCAGGGAUCCUUUGAUCGAUAUUGCGCUCGCACUGCAGGAAGCUGCUAGCAAAGACGAAUAUUUCACCUCUCGCAACCUUGCUGCCAACGUCGACUUUUUUACAGGCCUCAUCUAUCGCGCAAUCGGAAUCCCAUCGGACUACAUGACUGUCUUGUUUGCGAUUCCCAGAGUAACGGGCUGGCUUGCGCAUUGGCGUCAGAUGAUGUUAAGCAGUGGCGGCUCCGUCAAGAUCUGGCGUCCACGACAGGUCUAUACCGGUGAGACUCAGCGCGAUUGGGUCGAUAUUAAGGAUCGACAAUUUGACGACAAGAGCCCUGCGGCUCAGCCGACCGCAGUCUCCCACCUGACAUCCAUCCGUCAAUCGCUUGCGCAACAGGCCAAGUCAAAACUCUGA